AUCCAGUUCUUGCGUGGAGAGGAGAGGGAGUGGACGCACGAGUUUAGUCACUCCGGGUCCUCAACGUCGCAGGAUCUUUGAGGUGGCAAGUUGCAGGAGGCUUUACAAUAGAGGACACGAGAUCUGAAACGGCGGCAGACACUCGCGUGGGUGCAUAGUUGGCACCUUCCCCGAUCUCUUCACUUCUGACACCUUUUUGACACCAUCGUCAUCAUGCUGCGAGCUGUAAGGGUGGCACGAUGUUGUCCUGUGAUGCUGGACCACCUGGCCCGCUCCCAGGGCCGCACCGUGGCCCGCAUCGUGGCCCGGAAGGUCAACCGAGGCCAGCUAGGUCAGAUCAGGUCGCAGGCCAGCGCGGCCUCGACGACCUCGCUCCUGCCCGCGGCCGACGACUUCUGCGUCCGCCACAUCGGGCCGCGGAAGGACGACCAGAAAAAAAUGCUCGAGGCGCUGGGCUAUGAGUCCCUGGACGCCCUGACUGACGCAGCGGUGCCCGAGAACAUCCGACUCGGGAGGGACCUGAAUGUGCAGAACCCGAUCGGCGAGCACGCGCUACUCAGCAGGAUCAGGGAAAUCUCGGAGAAGAAUGAAAUCUGGAGGUCCUACAUCGGCAUGGGCUACCACAACUGCCGCGUCCCCCACGCCAUCCUCAGGAACAUCUUCGAGAAUCCGGGAUGGACAACACAGUACACGCCGUACCAACCGGAAGUGGCCCAGGGUCGCCUCGAAUCCCUCCUGAACUACCAGACGAUGGUGACUGACCUGACUGGCCUGCCGGUGGCUAACGCUUCCCUGCUUGACGAAGGCACAGCAGCUGCAGAGGCUGUUGGGUUGGCGUACAGGCAGAACAAACGGCGAAAAGUGUACCUGUCAGACAAGCUUCACCCGCAGACGCUCGCCGUGGUUCGAACCCGCGCCAUUCCCCUUGGCCUUGAAGUCCUCAUUGGCGAUGUAUUUGAUAUCGACUUCACCAAUCGCGAUGUCAGUGCGGUGCUUUUCCAGUAUCCGGACACUGAAGGAACCGUCAAUGACUUCACACAAGUUAUUGAGAAUGCGCAGAGCAAUGGAACCAUGGUCGUGUGCGCGACGGACCUCUUGGCUCUCACGGUGCUCGCUCCCCCCGGCGACCUCGGUGUGGACAUCGCCGUCGGGACUUCGCAGAGACUCGGAGUUCCUCUGGGCUACGGAGGUCCUCACGCCGGCUUCUUCGCCUGCAAGAACAAUCUCGUGAGGCUCAUGCCCGGGAGAAUGAUCGGUGUGACAAGGGAUGCAAAUGGGAAGGAUUCAUACCGUCUUGCUCUCCAAACGCGAGAGCAACACAUUCGUCGUGACAAAGCCACCAGCAACAUCUGCACAGCUCAGGCACUGCUUGCAAACAUGUCAGCAAUGUUUGCAGUUUACCAUGGACCAAAAGGGUUAAAAGAUAUUGCUAAUCGCAUUCACAACGCAACAAUCAUUCUGUCAAGGGGCCUUCAGUCAGCUGGCCAUAUAAUUGAGAAUGAUAUCUUCUUUGACACUAUUAGGGUUAAUCCGACUUUGGCAACUAGUGAGAUCAGAAUGAGAGCUCAACAGAAAGAAAUUAACCUUCGUUACUUCAGAGAUGAGACGGUUGGAAUAGCCCUUGAUGAGACAGUAGAGAAGGCGGACUUGGACGAUUUGUUCUGGGUGUUCAACUGCAAGAACGUCACUGCAGACAAGGUCGCUAGCAAUCUCAGCGGUGCUGCUCUGCCCAAGGAACACAUCUCCAACACAAGCUUUGCUCGCAAGUCGGACUUCCUCACCCACAGCAUAUUCAACACAUAUCAUUCUGAGGCCCAGCUGGUGCGCUACAUGAAGAUCCUGGAGAAUAAGGAUGUUUCUCUUGUACAUUCCAUGAUCCCCCUAGGCUCUUGUACGAUGAAGCUAAACAGCACAACAGAGAUGAUGCCAUGUAGCUUCCCACACUUCACAGAAAUCCAUCCAUUUGUCCCACCAGAGCAAGCACUUGGUUAUCGGCUUCUGUUUGAGGAGCUUGAACAUGACCUUUGUGAGAUCACGGGUUAUGACAAAAUUUCAUUCCAGCCAAACAGUGGAGCUCAAGGAGAGUAUGCAGGUCUUCGAGCCAUCAUGUCUUACCUGGAUGCACGUGGUGAGGGACACCGCAAUGUGUGCCUGAUUCCAACUUCAGCCCAUGGUACCAAUCCUGCAUCAGCACAGAUGGCAGGAAUGAAAGUAGAAGCUGUGAAUGUUGACAAGGAAGGGUCCAUUGAUUUCAGACAUCUUACUGCCAAGAUUGAGAAACAUCGUAAGAACUUGGCAUGCCUGAUGAUCACAUAUCCUUCUACCAAUGGUGUAUUUGAAGACACUGUAAAAGAUGUUUGCCAAAUGGUUCAUGAUGCUGGUGGUCAGGUGUACUUGGAUGGAGCAAACAUGAAUGCCCAGGUGGGUCUGUGUCGGCCAGGAGAUAUUGGAGGAGAUGUAUCCCAUCUUAAUUUGCACAAGACCUUCUGCAUCCCUCAUGGUGGAGGAGGACCUGGCAUGGGACCUAUUGGAGUGAAGGCCCACCUGGUUCCAUACUUGCCAAGUCACCCCAUCGUUGACCCAAUGGCCUUAAUGAAGAAGAAAGCUCGCAGUUUUGGCGUUGUGUCUGCAGCUCCCUACGGUUCAGCUGCUAUUCUUCCAAUCUCUUGGGCCUAUGUCAAGAUGAUGGGUCCAAAGGGAUUGAGGAAGGCUACUCAGGUUGCUAUCUUGAAUGCUAACUACAUGGCAAAUCGCCUCAAAAAAUACUACAAGGUGCUGUACACUGGAAAUUGUGGAUUAGUUGCUCAUGAAUUCAUCCUUGAUAUGCGAGAGUUUAAGAAGACAGCCGGAAUUGAAGCUACAGACAUUGCAAAGCGCCUGCAGGACUAUGGUUUCCAUGCACCGACAAUGUCCUGGCCCGUCGCUGGUAGUUUGAUGGUAGAACCAACGGAAUCUGAAGACAAAGCUGAGUUGGAUCGUUUCUGUGACGCACUGAUCUGUGAGUCAAUACUUGAAUAGUUCUUUAUCAA